AUGUCCGGCUUGAAGAUCCUGGAUGGUGACAAGUUCCCUCAGCUGGCCGCUUGGGCUGAUCGGUUCUGCGCCGAGGAGGCUGUGAAGGGAGUGAUGCCGGAGACGGACAAGCUGGCGGAGUUCGCCAAGACGUUGAUGAUGAAGCUGAAGGCCGCCUCACCCGCCAAGUAG